CGUUGGGCGUGGUGCUGAACAACCACAUGUCCGAGUUCACGUUACCGCGGCCCCCGAUGCCGGGCUACCAGCCCAACGAGAACAACUACAUCGAGCCCGGCAAGCGGCCCGUGACCGCCAUGGCACCCGGCUUGCUCGUCGACCGCCGGGGCGAUGUGCAGCUCGUCAUAGGAGCGUCGGGGGGCUCGCGCAUCGUCAGCUCGGCCGCUUCUGUGAUUCACAACAUCGUGCGCCGCGACAUGAGCGUCGAAGAGGCCAUCGAGGCUCCACGCCUGCACCAUCAGCUGCUGCCGAACGUGGUCGUCUACGAAAGGCACUUUUCCGAGGAGGUACUCGAGUCCCUCCGGCGGCGGGGUCACGUGGUGAAGCCGAUCGACAGGCGACCAGCGGCGGUCAACGCCAUCGCGCGUGCGCAGGACCGCGUCAUCUACGCGGUCGCCGACUUCCGCAAGGGCGGCAUCGUCGACGGAUACUGA